CAACUGGCUAUUGUUAUUUGAUUAUAUGCCUCUAUGGGGGAAAAACUUGUUUUGCCACGUGCAGCUUGUCCUUUUGAUUAUAUACAGCUUGAACUCGUGAGAACUUUACCCAGAUGACCUUUCUUAGCCCUCUAGGUAUAAAUUGCGUGAUGCACUGAAUAAAGUUAGCUAUCACAUGAGACUUUAGUCCAUCUCAUUUUUAGGCUCCAUUCUCCCAGUUUCCACUGCCUCCAGAUCAGCAAACAUUCUAUGGGUUAGAUCCCCUACUGGUUCCUGCUAGGUCUAGGUGUGUAUCCUGUAGCCCUAAGACCUCCUCCGAGUUUAGAUAUGUUAGAGGGAACAUAGACUUAGCAUAUAGUUGUACACAUGGCUGAAAUUUGCCAUAGCUUUGUAGAUGGGGCAACUUACUUGGACAUUUCUGCCCUUCAGAGAUUCUACACUCAGGAUUUUCAGUGGGUGUUGUCCCAUAAGGACCCUCUACAGUUCCACAGCUUAGACUCCCAGAAGAAAAGCGUAGGACCAGUUAGCAAAGUCUAGGCACAGUGGCCACUGUGUCAGCCCUGUCCAUACAGGAGGGCCAUGUUUACAUGGUAGUUAGUCUUCCUGUCUUCAUUUUCAAACACAGAAGUUGAUCCACAUUGGACUCCUGUGAGAAAAAGACAAAUCAAGUUUACAGAGAGGAGGAGACUUCCCAGGGUCAAGUGGCCAAAACUGCAGAUCUGACUCUGUAUCUUGCUCUUUCGAUUCCUACAGCAUGCAGAAACCAGUUUAAGAAGGAUGUUGAGCUUGGGAGAAUGAAUGUACAUUCAUCUUUCUGGUCAGUUUUCUUUCCACCUCAUCCUCCACCCCCAUCUCCAGCAGCCUCCUGCUUGGCUGUUCUCACCAGUUGGGUUGUCUUGGAGUUGACUCAUCCUGCAGGUUUGGUGUAUAGUGGUGCUAUCCCUUCCUUUGCUGCUGAAGGAAGCAGGACUCUUUCCCUGGCCUCAUCUCAAGUUCCAUUAUUUACAGACAGAAGAGCCGUAAUUCCAUUCCUUUUCCUUUUCCUUCCCCUCCUUUUUUAUUUUCUGCCCCACUCCUCCUGAGCAGACCACAGGCAUGCUGGCUACAUUAUAAAAAGUGUACUCAGGUGCUGGGUGGAGGGAAGGAAGGAUUUUACUGGACUCUGAUUUGUGACUUUUUCCAGGAGAUAUAAGAUUAACAUAUGUCCCCUCUCUCCCCUGGGAUUCACAGCAGCAGCUGUGAGUAAACUGAGUUUAACAGAGCUUGCUUAGGGAGUGGAAGAUAGUUGUGGAUGGCUGCAUUUUCCCCAAGUCACUGACCCUGUUCUUACCUGUUCUUGUUUCAUCUUUGUCUAAGUCUUUGGCAAAACUGAUACAAAUCUGGGUCCAGAGAGGUACCUAGUGUUGAGGUGACUAUGGACUCACACAGCCUGAGUACAAAUGAAACUCAACUCUGGCACAGUUAUAUUUGUCUGUGGGCCAUCUUUACCCUUAUUCCAUUGGUCUCGGGAGACACCGUCUAACAUGGGAAGUACAAUGUUUUUCCUGCAGCAUGACAUGCAGAAAUACAGUGGCUUGCUGCAAGAUGGAGUUCCUUUGUCCAGAAUUCACAGAAGUCUCACUGUACGCUGUGUAUCUAAAUAUGAGAAUGUGGCUGGUGAGCCUGCUAUGCUUGGCCCGAUCUUAUCCAAGUUGUCAAGGAAGGGUGACUCCCAUGUGGCAAUAUUCUUUGCACUGCUUCCUUUCAAAAUUUAGUUUAUAAAGCAGCCUCACUGACCUGGCUGAGAAUGGCUGUCUGCUGGUCUAUUUCCUCCUAAAUCUCAGAGGACCUCACUAGGAGCUCCAGUUUCCAGGGAGUUCUGAAGCCUGUCAAGAUGUAUAAUCUCAAGGUAGUGAAUUCUAGCUUUCUUAGAAGGCUUAGCUAGUGUGGUUGGCCCUGGAAGCAGAGUCACGCCUGUACUCUUGGGUGUGCCUUGCUUUCUACUUAGCAAAUCUUAUCCUAAUCUUCAUGAUUAAGCCUACAUUAAAAUAAACCUCCAGUACUUCUUUACUAUAAAUAAAAAUAAAAAAGAGGGCUGGAGGGCCGGGCGUGGUGGCGCACUCCUUUAAUCCCAGCACUCGGGAGGCAGAGGCAGGCGGAUUUCUGAGUUCGAGGCCAGCCUGGUCUACAGAGUGAGUUCCAGGACAGCCAGGGCUAUACAGAGAAAUCCUGUUUCGGGGAAAAAAAAUAGUGGGGGGGGGCCUAGAGGUGUAUCUCAGUAGACGAGUGCCUGCCUAGAAUCCACAGUGAGGAGCUGAGGUGUAUGGGUCAGUAGAAUGAUUGCCUUGCAUGUAGGAGGUGCUGGGUUCUGUCCUUAGUCACACAAAAAAAUCUUCAGAGGAGACAGAAGCAGGGAUGGGUCCAUAGCACAAGUAAAUCCAUUCCUUGUCCUCCCUUAUCAGUGUUUCUGGGGCUCCGUAAGAAUCACAAAACCUCGAUUGAUGGAGAAGAAAGUUUGCUAGGCCCUGCAGGCUGCCAUCUGUACUAGAACCUCACUUGAGACUUUGAGGAGACCAAUCCCUUUCUUGCUGCCUAGGAAACAGAAAUGGCUCUUGGGUGCCUGUGAAUGUGCUCAGCAAUAUAGAUACCACAUGCUGCAGAGCUCUGCUGGAGAGCCCCUAUCUGCCAGCUGUAACAGUUGCUCCCCAGUGGGAGGAAAGUAUUAUAAUUGGUGUUGGUGUGCGCUUCCUCCUGCCACUCUGAGCCCGGCUUGAUCUGCAACUUCCAGGUUCUUAUUAUUUCAAUUCUCAGUGGUACUGGUCUCUCAAAGCUAAUUGCUUUUCUGCUAACUCAUUCUCUUCAUGUUUGUCUCCUUGGAAUGAUAAUAUAGACCCAGGUAGCUCUUCACUGCCUCAGUUUGGCCUGCUUCUUGUGAGUGGUGGUGAGACAUCUUGAUAUGUCUCAGCCCUUUGGUAGGGUACUAGCUACCUAACCCUACCCAACUCCAGCAACUCCAGGCAGCACUUACCAUAAUCUGGAAUCAAAGUGGACCUUAAACCUUUCAUGGGUCCUUGCCUUGAUUGUAGUAGCUGAGAAAAGUCCAUCUUAAAUGAGAACUUUGAAACUAAGUUGGUUUCCAUCUAAAGCCAGGAUGAAAGAAUUCAGUUAGUUGCAUGUUGCCCUGAGUGCCACUAGGUGGCAUCCCACUGAGUCCCUGCUCAGCUUGGACUUUGAUCAGAGCUUUUGGACCUAGGAAAAGAAAGGCUUGGUUGUAAUUGGGAAAUCCAGGACAAUGUUGUCAUUCCUGGGUUCCAGUGUGGCAAGUAUCUGUUAGUUCCCUCUGGGAUCUUAACUGGUUCUUAGUAUAAUCACAUGUAUUUGAGUCUUUGAAAUCUGGUGGGUAGAACUGUAUAUCUGUUCUCUACCUGUCAGGAGAACACCGUUCUUGGCUGAAGGGCUGGAGAUGGUGACAAAGCAGAGAGGUGUACCCAGGUUCUGUAGUCUCAGAAAUGAGUGCUUACACACAAAGGAGUCAGCCAGGGUCAGCCAUUCUCUGCAGCAGCCUGACCUGUCCCCUGGCUGAAUAGAUUUUCAGGCUAUAGUGGUUGCAAAGGGAGCAACAAAGGUCCCGAGUCUGGAGUCCCACUCUAGGUAGACGUCGCCUUGAUCUCACCCUAUGCCAGUUAGGCCAAAGAUAUGCCAGGCCGCAGGAGCAGGGUGGAGUGGAUGAGUCAGGAGGGUGGAGAGCUGGCAGAACCCAUGUUCUUCCAACUGGUUGAGCUGUUUUUCUUGCUCUGGGAGAGGGACUGGAGCACGCUUUAUGUAGACACUGAGUUAGUUUGGUAACUAAGAGCAUUUGGUUUUAUGACCUACCAUGAUGAUACAUACAAGUAGAAGCCUGGAAUUUCCAGCCCUUGUACAUUCAUUCUCAUUUAUUCAUAUUCAUUCUCUCUCUCUCUCUCUCUCUCUCUCUCUCUCCCUCUCUCCUUCUCUCUCCCUUCCCCCUCUCUUCCUCCCUCCCUCCCUCCCUCUGUCUCUCUGUCUCUCUCUCACUUAACAGAAAGUUUUCUCAGGACUGCUUUCUUUGACCACACCUAUGGUCUGAUGAUAAGUCUCAUGAUAAGAACACCCAUUCUUUAUCAGAGACAAAAAUAUAAGCCCAAAGCAAAGCGUAUGUAACAUGGGAAGGUGGCUGCUGUCGGGGGCCUGAGAUACCUGAGUUAGACCCUUAGCUGAUUAGACACUGUUCAUCUACAGUAAGUUACACAACUCCUCAUCUGAAUUGUGUCAUAGAGUAAGGGUGUGGUUCAGUGGUAAAGAGCUUUCCUGGCAUUUUUGAAUCCCAGUUUUAUUUCCCAGUACCAAUAAAAUAAAUAUAGAUAAGACAGCUGGCACUGUCUAGAAUUGCUAUUUGAACAAAAUAGCAUCUGAAGUGCUAAGAGUUGUGUGUAGGGCAUAGUAAACAUUUAUUAAAUUGUUUGUAUUUGCUACCCUGUAAAAUGAGACUACUUCCUUUGGGCCUUAUAGGUCACAGACCACCUGUAAGAUUUUAGUUUUUCUUAUGUAGUACUUUAUUUUUCCAGAGGAAAGACAUUAUCUUGCCAGGCAGUGGUGGCGCACACCUUUAAUCCCAGCACUUGGGAGGCAGAAGCAGGCAGAUGAGUUCAAGGCCAGCUUGGUCUACAGAGCAAGUUCCAGGACAGCUAGGGUUGCACAGAGAAACUCUGUCUCAAAAAAUAAAAAAAAAAUAAAAAAAAUAAAAAUCAAGAAGGGGGGGGAGGGGGGAGGGAUGGAGGCACGGAUGAACCUGUCUCUGCCUUCUUGAGUCUGAGAUUAAAGGUGUAUGCCAUUACACCCUGCUACCAAAGGAAUUAAAAUGCUUUUAAUCAGACCUGGGAAAUGCCAGUGUCUCCCUUAUUGAAUGUGUUGCUCACUGUUGUGUGGACCCUUUGUUUGGGUGUGUGCCAUUACCUGUGAGGGCAUUUGGCUUUCAUCCCCUAGAGAUGGUCUCUGUGGCCCUUUCCUCUCUGCUCAGCACAGUUGCAAAGGGUCCUUGUGUUAGUCCCAGUGAUAGGGCAGAAUCUUCAUUUCUCUACCUUGCCUGUUUCUUCUUUGCCAGAAUAUAGGCACUCUGGCUUUUUCCUUCCUUUAUUUUUUAUUUUAUUUACUUAUUUAUUUAUUUUUUGAUUUUUCGAGACAGGGUUUCUCUGUGUAGCCCUGGCUGUCCUGGAGCUCACUUUGUACACCAGGCUGGCCUCAAACUCAGAAAUCCGCCUGCCUCUGCCUCCGGAGUGCUGGGAUUAAAGGUGUGCACCACCAUGCCCAGCUUUAUUUUAUUUUUUAUGUGUCUGGGUGUUCCAUGGAGGCUGGAAGAGGUUGUCAGAUCCCCUGAGACUGUAGUCACAGUAAAAACUUUUUGUAAAAGUUACAUGGGUGCUAGGAAUUGAAUCUGGGUCUUCCGGAAACGCAGACAGUGCUCUUAACCAUUGAGUCAUCUCUCUAUCACCUCUCAGUUCCCCAUGCUAAACACUUACCUCCUCUCUCCUUGGCCUCCUCUGUAGGCGGUACUUCCUCUAUAGAGGUACCUAUAGGUGACUACCCUACAACUAGGAACUAUGCAGGUAGUACUGGGCCAUGGUUACAGAAGCCUCUAAUCUUCCUCCUCUUGUAAGCUAUGCUAAAAGAGUGGUAUGUUCAAAAAUAAAAGGCUGUUUUAAAUGGAUAACAUUUACUUCAAAUUUGUUUAGUCCCAAGGAAAUAAUGAGACCUGGCUUUGUGAACAGAUGAGUGUAGACAAACAGUGUAGAAGAUUAAUGGUUUACCCUGGGGCUAGGAAGUUGAAAAUGUGUCUGUUGUGAUAUUCAGUGAAUAUAAGAGACAAGGGCAAGCGUCCAUGAUUGGUUUGUGCACACUGAGACCUGUGUGUCUGUGUGGGUGAUGUCGAGCACGUAACCACAUAGGACUUAAUAUUGCCUGCCUGGUGUUAAAGUCAGAAAGAGACUGUAUGUUGCUGUCUGUGGAAAAGUUUGGUCCAUGGUCUUGACUGUUCCUCCAUAACAGAGCUGCUUUUCACUGUCGUGGCUGAGGCUGACAGGAGUUUGGGAACUACCACGUUGCCAUGGCAGCAGUGAAGCUUCUCUGUGCUCUUUAAUUUGGGUUCUACUUGCUGAUGGUGGAAGGAAAGAGCAGUUCAGCCAAUGCUACCCCAGAAUUCGAAGGGCGAGGAGGUGAUGACCUUGGCACAGAGAUUGCUAACACCCUCUACCGGAUAUUUAACAACAAGAGCAGCGUAGACCUGAGGUCCCUCUGCAUCAGUCCUCGAGAGCACUGCUGGGUUCUAUAUGUGGAUGUGCUGCUGCUGGAAUGUGGUGGGAAUUUGUUUGAUGCUAUUUCCAUUGCUGUAAAAGCUGCUCUCUUCAACACAAGGAUACCAAGGGUUCGUGUUCUGGAGGAUGAAGAGGGGGCAAAGGACAUUGAGCUGUCUGACGAUCCUUAUGACUGCAUCCGACUGAGUGUAGAGAAUGUCCCCUGCAUUGUCACCCUGUGCAAGAUUGGCUGCCGGCAUGUGGUAGAUGCCACACUUCAAGAGGAGGCCUGUUCCCUGGCCAGCUUGCUGGUGUCAGUGACCAGCAAGGGAGUAGUGACAUGCAUGAGGAAAGUGGGGAAAGGAAGCCUGGAUCCUGAGAGCAUCUUCGAGAUGAUGGAGAGCAGCAAGCGAGUGGGCAAGGUGCUGCACGUGUCCUUGCAGAGCCUUCUGCACAAGGAAGAAAGCCUGGGGCCCAAGAGGCCGAGAGUCGGGUUCCUGGGGUGAUUUCUCUCCACUGCACGUUGGUUGCCUCACUUUUCAUUGACACUGGUUUGUAUAUAUUUCUCUUAAUUGUCAAAAUUUAAUUCCACAUUUGUAAAUGUAAAAAUAAAGUCUAUUUUUUUUGGUCCA